AUGGUGUACGACUGGGAGGGCAAGGAGGCCGAGUGCUAUCGGAUCAAACGCGCAUUUCAGACCCAGUUCAAGCGAUGGGAUUUCCCCAGCAAGCAGAAUCCCGCUCACAAGAACCCUGCGCUCGUCGCGCGUGUCAAAGAACUCUGGGAGAAAAACACAAACCAGAGGGACAUGCUGCAGAUUCUAAACGAUGAAGGCUUCGACCUCAAGGAACGCGAGCUCAUGCGUGUUCGAGCGAAGAACAGGUGGCUUCUCAGAGUCCCCAAUGGCAUGAAAGGAGCAACCACCACUGCAGUCGGAGCACAGACCGCCGAGACGUAUCCGGAGGCAUUCGUGAAGGAACUGCAACAAGCCAUCGCCGAGGACGAGGGACCGCCGGCUGCAGCUCCACACACCCCGGGCCAUGCUCUGGGAGACCCGUCACCAGAACCCGAUCCCGAAACUCUGCGGAAGAGAAAGGAGCGCAUGGAAAAGCUGCAGCAAGAGAGCGAUGAGCGCUGGCGGAGCAGGAAGCGUCGACGGCGAAUGCGCGGCUGGGCGGGGUUGCCUGCCGAUCCCGCAGGUCCCCCGCGUUUCCCCUCCGAAACGACCAUUGACGAGAGCAAAGCCUACUUGGACCUCGACAACGAGCUGUAUCGCCAGCUACGUGAUCAGUUCCAGUCCAUCUGCGAAGAAGAGGGCGUGGUGAAGAAGACCGUCGCCGGACCAGACAAGUGGCAGCAGGUCAAAGAUCGCUUGAUUGCCGAGAACGACCAUCUCCAGACGCAAUUCACUGACGAGCAGAGCGAAAAGCCUGACCAGAAGGCCCUCUCGCUGGAUGUAAUUUGCACCGACGUUACCAAACGGAUGCGCACGAUGGAACGCAGGAUGACGAUUGCGGAGGCGAAGAACAUCAUAGGCAUCAAUCCGGAAGAGAGCAGGAAAAUCCGUGGAGAGUUCUACGACAUUCUCAAAACUGACCAUGUCAACAGCAAACUGGAGACGGGCGCCGAGCAUUGGCAGGAGCUCAAGGAUCAGUGGAUAGCAGGCUCUGCAGUGCUGCAGCGCAUUCUCGCCCCGGGCAAUCAGGACCCACAGCACCAGCAACGGCUGAAAGCGCUAGAGGUGCUCUGCCGUGACGUCAUGAAACGGCUUCGAGACGACCAGGCAAAGCGCGACCCUUCGCGGAAGAAGCAGGCCAAUGCCGGACCAGGUCCCGGCCCGGCUCCUCCGCGCGCUAUGCAGACACCUGCUCGCACUCGGAGCUCUCAAAGCGCCCAAGCAAGUCCGGUGAAGACGCCGACGGCCUAUGCUCCGACCACGCCCACGCCAGAAGUGAACAGUGCUGGCGAUCUCCAGAUCGACCCGUCACUCCUGCUAGCGGCCAACGACCUAGCCGGCCAGCACCAGGAGAGUCGAAUGUACAAUGACCAGACCAUACAUCAUCAUCAGCAACAGCAAGAGUACACGGGUGGCGGUUCUUCUGGCCAACAACAGGCGCGAGAGUAUAGCUACACGCCGGCUUAUCCGGACCCGGCACCGACGCCAAUCCCUGUGUACUUCAGACUACAUCCACACUCGCAGAUCCAGGCGGACCCACGGAUCUGGCUGGGGGCGCUGACAUCAGGCACCAUGGAGGAGCUGCGAGCGCUGGCCACAAGGGCGCAUCCGGGGUCGAGCGCGGUACGGAUCGAGGGAGUGGUGAAAGGACAGGAUUUCAGAGAGGUGAAUUAUCCGAUUGAUGACAACGAGGAGCUGGGAGGAUAUCUGGCACACAUGUCGGCAGGGAAGGUAACGUUCGCGGUGCAACUGGCGUGA